GCGUAGUUGCGUGCGUACUGCGUAAUCAGACUGCAGACUCUAGUCCAGUACUCGAUGUGGGUUAGUGACUGUCGCUGAAAAAUUGAGAAUAUUUUAUUAUGCUAAAUUAUUGUAAAUGUACUGGCCUAUAGUGCUGUAGUUCCGAAUUACUGAAUGUAUUAAUAUUUAAGAAUUUAAUAUAUUUUGAUAUGCUUUAAAUCCUAAAAGUUUUCAGAGGGGGCCUCAGAAGGCCAACGUUAUUAGUGAGUCGAUAUUAUGACCAGUAGAUAUUGUUCUAUGAUAUGACCAACACCAACUGAGACGCCUAACGUUUUAUCAUGGCUCUUGUGUUCAACGACAACGAUCCUUGGUUAAUCGAAUACGAGUCAUGUGAGAAGCUAUAUAGAGAAAUUGAAGGAUUAUUAAAUGUGAGAGAAUUAGAGCAAAAGUCUUCCGAAAAAUAUGUUUUGUAUUCAUCACAAGUCCGGCUUAGGCUAAAACAAUUUACUGAUGAAGUCCAACAGUUAUCUCAUAAACUUAGAGGACUUGCAACAUCUAAAGCUGUUACACUGGACGAAGAGGAGCGACGUCAACGAAUGCUUGAGCUACUCCAAAGCAGAAAUAUUUUAUUAAAUCAACGUUUUCAAAAUAGGAAUAAUAGUCAUACACUGGACCGUCAAGAAUUGAUGAGACCAAGUACUAGUAAGGCCAAAAAAACUGAAAUGCCAACUACUGGUUGGUUGGAUAGUGAUGAUGAUGACUAUAAUGAUGAUAAACAACCUUUACUUAGUGAAAAAGUGCUUAAACAACAGCAACAGUACUUGAUAAAAGAACAAGACGAUGGAUUAAAUGAAUUAGCAUCGAUUGUCUCUAGACAGAAAAAUAUUGCUAUCACCAUAAGCAGUGAAGUUGAUCUACAAAAUGAACUAGUUGAUGACCUGUUGGUGAAAAUGGACAAAACAACUGCUGGAAUUGAAAGUGAGACCAAGGAAGUAGUUCAGAUAUUAAAAAAAGAUUCAACUCGAGGACUUUGGGUGAUAAUUAUUCUUCUACUGAUUGCAAAUAUAUUUGUUGCAUUGUCAUGAUAUCUGGUUAAAAUAUUCAAAUUCAACUUG